AUGUAGACCGGCAAUAGGAAUUUUUCGCUUCCUUAAAGAUUCUAGCUUCUAAUUUUUAAGUCCAUUUCUAUUUGGUGUCGAGGAUAACUAACGAUCGUUCGCUUGCGCUACAAUUCUAUUCAUAACCUCGAAAUGGUCGCCCUUUUCGACAGGCUACUUCGCUGCGUAAAAGUUACUGCAAAGUGUAUAGGAGACAAGGUUUUUCCAAACAAAGACGGGACAAAAGCUAAGAUUUUCAAUGAUUCUAUUCAUGGCUAUAUUGAGAUGCACCCACUAUGUGUCGCUAUCAUCGACACGGAACAAUUUCAACGUCUUCGCUGCAUCAAGCAGAUGGGUGGCACUUAUUUUGUCAAUCCGGGAGCAUCGCACAACAGGUUCGAACACUCAAUAGGGACAUCCUAUCUUGCUGGCUAUUUCGUAGAAAGCUUGAGAAGGAAACAAAGAGAAGAGUUAAAUAUUGACGACAAAGACGUGUUAUGCGUCAAAAUUGCCGGCCUUUGUCAUGACUUGGGGCAUGGACCAUUUUCCCAUAUGUUUGACAACGAUUUUAUUCCAAAAGUGAGACCUGAACGGACUGAUUGGUCGCAUGAGGUAGCCAGUGAACAAAUGUUUGUUCAUCUCAUUGAUUCGAACCCCAAUGUUAAGCACAUGUUUGAAGAAUACGGCCUUGGUGACAGAGACAAAUGUUUUAUCAAGAAAUUAAUGACUGGUGAAACACCAACUUCUGAAGAGGAAUGGAAAGUAGUCGGAAGAGAAAAGAAUAAACCGCGUUUUCUUUUUGAGAUUGUCGCUAACAAGAUCAACGGUAUAGACGUCGACAAGUGGGAUUACUUUGCACGUGACUGUCGAUAUCUUGGCAUCAAGAGCUCCUUUGAUCACAUGCGAUGUAUACCGCUGGCAAGAGUGAUCAAAUCAGAAGAAGGUUUAGCAGAGAUUUGCUAUCGUGACAUCGCGGCGGGAAAUAUCUACGAUUUGUUCCACACAAGACUUAGUAUCCAUAAAAAGGCUUGUCAUCAUAAGACGGUAAACGCCAUCGAAAUGAUGAUAACUGAGGCUCUAGAAAAGGCAGAUAAACAUCUUAAGAUCAAAGGAGAAAAUGGGCGAGAACCAAGUACGAUAUCGACAGCGAUAGAUGACAUGGUUGCUUACACUAAACUGACAGACCACGUGUAUUAUCAAAUCCUCUAUUCAACUGAUAAGGGCUUAAAAGAGGCAAAGGAAAUCUUGGAGAAMAUAGAACAACGAAAGUUGUAUAAAUUCAUUGGGUUCACGAUUCCCAAAGACAACCCAGACAAGAAAGGUGUUCCUGCUAUGCAGAAAGAGAUAUUGGAGAUUGUCAAGGAAAAUGCAGAAGAGUUGAAAGAAGAUGAUAUUGUUGUGCAGCUGACGUCUUUCAAGUAUGGUGGUACUGAUGACAAAGACCCAGUAGGAAAAGUUCGCUUCUAUGCCAAAGAUAAUGAAAAUGAAUCUUUUAAUAUUAAAAAAGAACAGGUACAUAAAUGAGUUAUAUAUACGGCC